GAAACAGUUGCACAAAAUGUUUAACACAGCAUGGAUACUAGUAGGGAGUGUCAUCAGUGUAGUUGUAGCUACCGUUGAUGUUGAGCAAAUCGAUCGACUAAAAUACGACUUGAAGUUCUUCAACCACGCACUCGACGAUUUACAGAGUGGAGUCAGCACACUACAAAUAGCUGCAGCAGACGGCACACAGUACACAUGCGAGAUCCCAGCGCCACCGCAAAUAAGGGAGGAGCCGAUCAAAGACGAGAAAAAGCAACCAUCAUAUAGCGAGUUUCUCAAUCACUUGCACAAAAGCGAUGGACGAUGUUAUGCAUAUAGAUCUGGGUGGUGGACGUACGAGUACUGUCAUAAGAAGCAAGUGCGACAGUAUCAUAUGAAUGAAGAUAAGAGUUUGGAUGAAUUUUCGCUGGGAACAUACGAUGAGGAAGUGUCGCGGCAAAAAUACGAGGCCGCUAUGAAGGAAGAUAGAAUAGUGCCGUACGUGUCACUGCAUUUUACAGGAGGAACGCCCUGCGAUGUGGGUCAGAAUCCGCAGAGAAUGACAGAAGUUCAGUUCGUUUGCAGUGACGAUACAGUUGGACAAUUCACGACGGUGCUUGAGAAGGCUACCUGUGUCUACGAAAUAAAGGUGCACACGAAAGGGAUCUGUAUUCACCCUGCGCUUGAAAGUCCUAGCAUCGACAAGGAACAAGACAUAGUAUGCACUAGAAGCACAGUCCAACCCGUGCACCACAAGCGCUACAAGGCCGGAGAACCGCAUGUAUAUACUUCAGGUGCAGACUUAAGCAAGUCUAACACUCGCAAGAAACCGUCUAAAUUGAUAGUGCAAGUCGUGGAGGGAGAGUUGCGGGUAACAGAAAUAUCGUUGCCGGAUUCGGACCAGAUUGACAAAACCGCUCUGUUGUUGGUCACCGGAGAAAUGACAGACGAGCAAAGAAAGGAUGUACGGGAGGCGCUAGUAUCAGCCGGCAGUUUAGAAGGUGUGCCAUUAGAAUACUUACACCACGCAGUGGAUGGUUUUGCACCGACAGACCAGACUGUAGAUAUAAUUUUGGUGGAUGUCCUCGAGCACCACGCCACGGAUACGGACUGCUUAGAGAAGCUGCUUAAGCAUAUAAGCAUCAAAUACGGCUGGCUAGAGCAAACGCCACAGGAAGAUGGUAAAGAAGAUCAAACAAGACAUGACGAAAUAUAGUCAGACUUAGCAGUAUGUAUCGAUAAAAGCCUCCCUGUCUUAGAUUACAUUUUCUUCAAAAUGUCG